UAUAUAUAUAUACAUAUACAGUAUAGUUUUAUUGUUUUGUUUUCAGCAUAGAAAUGCUGCCUACCAAAGUGGGCAAACAGCUGGGUCACCCCACGUAUUCUUUAACUGGAUGGUUGGUGACCAAGUUCUUUAAAUGGCACAAUCAGAUUUUGGAGGAGAAUGCAGUGAAAUUGUGCAACAUACAACCCAACGACACGGUGCUGGAGCUCGGUCACGGCCCGGGCUUCGGUCUGCAGGCGGCGGCGCAGCUCCUCACGGGUCCGGAGGGAAAACUGCUCGGUGUGGAUUACUCGCAAUACAUGCAUGAGAUGGCCAGUAAACGCAUGAAGGAGCAGAUCUCCAGAGGAAAGGCUGUGCUGUAUUACAGUGAUGUGGUGGCCAUGCCGAUAGAGGAAAACACGGCUGACAAGGUGUUUCACUGCAACUGUUAUUACUUCUGGCCGGAUCUGAAAGCAGGAGCGAGAGCGAUUCACAGAGUUAUGAAACCAGGUGGUAUUAUGGUUACAACUCUCAGACUAGACAGUGUUAUUAAAGCUGCUCAUAUGAAAGUGCUCACUGGAGACAAAUGGCGUCCUGAGGUCUACAUGGAAGCACUGCAGUCCUCUGGAUUCACAGAUGUCCGAAUGGAGAGAUUGUUUUGA